UAAACCGUUGGCUAGCUCGUGUGUGUGUGUGUGUGUGUGUGUGUGCGCGCGUGCCGCUCAACCAGCUCAGCUUCGGUCUGAUUCUCAGACGUUUCUGCAUUCUCUGACCCUGCAGAAUUUUGGUGGUCCUGGGAACUGAAAUGGAACAUUCCAAGGAAUUGUGGGAUCCUGUCAGCCCCAAUUAUUUUCGGGGAGAACCUGACUGUCCCACUAUCCCUUAAUACAUCUUAAUUCACCAUAGGUCACAGCAUCUGUGCUUUGUCGGGAAUAUGUAUUGCCUCAGAAGGAAGCGACUGCAGCUGAGGCGAGUCUUAUUUCUGCUGGCCGGGGUCUUCAUCUGCAUCGUGUACCAGCUGACCCUCAGCGCCGGAAGCUACGAGACGUCCCCUUCGCCCCAAAUUGGAGACGCUUUCACGGAGGGCUCAGCCGGAUGGGUCGAGGAUGUUACGCCCGAGAGUCGAGAGAAGCCAAGAAACCAAACGACCCCGGUGACCCCCUCUAAUUCAACCGCAGAUGAUAACGCUGCCAGUAAAACUCCACCGCCAGCCACCACCAACCGGACUAUUGUGCAUUGCAUCUAUGUCCCCCCUGAUCCUAAGAUGAGGCCCCCACCAUCUUCUCCUGGCGAUGCUCCUCACAUGAAGGGAGAGUACCCCAAAGAUGUAUUUUCAGUGGAGGAGCGCAGACAAGGCUGGGUGAUCUUGCACAUCUUCGGCAUGAUGUACAUGUUUGUGUCACUUGCGAUUGUGUGUGAUGAAUUCUUUGUCCCUGCACUGGGGGUCAUCAUAGACAAGUUAGAGAUAUCGGACGACGUGGCGGGAGCUACUUUCAUGGCGGCGGGGGGAUCUGCCCCUGAACUUUUCACCUCCUUGAUCGGGGUCUUCGUAGCCCACAGCAACGUGGGUAUCGGGACUAUUGUCGGCUCUGCGGUUUUCAACAUUCUCUUUGUGAUCGGGAUGUGCGCUUUGUUUUCCCGGGAGGUUCUUCAUCUCACCUGGUGGCCUCUCUUCAGAGAUGUUUCCUUCUACAUAGUGGACCUUAUUUUGCUCAUCAUCUUCUUCCUGGACAAUGUCAUCAUGUGGUGGGAGAGUAUGAUGCUGGUGGCCAGCUACACCGUAUACGUCAUCUUCAUGAAGUUUAACGCCCAAAUAGAACACGUGGUCAAGACGCAGCUUUACAAACACAAGAGCAUUGUCCAAAUUAUUACUGAUGAGGAGCCUGAAGUGACCAAGGUCAAUGGGGACGGUCAAGAUAACGCCCCUCCUGAUCCAGAAGACAGGAAUCGGUUAAAGUUGAAGCCAUCCCUUCAACGCGGUGGAAGUUCAGCGUCUUUGCACAACAGCACCAUGAGGAACACCAUUUUCCAACUCAUGAUCCACACAUUGGACCCCCUGGGAGAAGGUGGGAAAUUCAAGGACAAGGCUGAGAGUCUGAAUAAUGUAGUGAGACGAAAGGCUGAAGGUGAAAUUGCAGCAAAGAGUGAAGAUGGAGAGGAUGGGCAGGAUCAGGCUCAAGAGGACAAAGCUGGCGCAAGUGAGAAGAAGAAGGAGCCCCCAGAGGAAGAGAAGGAAGACCAGCCGGCGGGGGGAGACGGCUCAGACAAGUCAGGCAGUGUUGAGGAGGACAGUGAUGAAGAUGAUAGUGAUGAAGACGACAGUGACGAUGACUCCAGCGAAGAUGAGGAUAAGGAGAACGAGGAGAAGCCUCUUUCUUUAGCGUGGCCCGACACGCGACGGAAGCAAGUCACUUACCUCAUCCUGCUGCCCAUCGUCUUCCCUCUGUGGCUCACCGUCCCUGACGUCCGCAAACAGAAUUCCAGGAAAUUUUUCGUGCUCACCUUCCUGGACUCCAUUCUGUGGAUUGCUAUCUUCUCUUAUCUCAUGAUGUGGUGGGCCCAUCAGGUGGGCGAGACCAUCGGCAUCUCUGAGGAGAUUAUGGGCUUGACUAUCCUGGCUGCGGGGACGUCCAUCCCUGAUCUCAUCACCAGCAUCAUCGUGGCCCGUAAAGGACUUGGCGACAUGGCCGUGUCCAGCUCCGUGGGCAGCAAUAUCUUUGACAUCACUGUCGGUUUGCCGCUGCCAUGGCUCAUGUACUCGUUCAUCCACGGUAUGGUUCCCGUGGCCGUCAGCAGCAACGGGCUGUUCUGCGCCAUUGUGCUGCUCUUCCUCAUGCUCCUCUUUGUCAUCAUCUCCAUCGCGUCGUACAAGUGGAAGAUGAACAAGGCUCUGGGAUUCACCAUGUUCCUUCUCUACUUCAUCUUCCUGGUUCUAAGCGUCAUGCUGGAGGACCGCAUCAUUGUCUGCCCCGUCUCCAUCUGAAGGUCACGUGACGUCACGCCAGGCGUUCGCUCUACCUGGGACUCCAGCGCGCAUUUCCUGUGUAUGGUGCACAUAGUGAACAAUUAGGGUGCAUGCAGGAUGCGCUUGGAACUGUCUGCAUUGAUUUUGAUACUAAAUUGAGGCUUUUUACUGGAUUUCCCAUUGCAUAAAAAGAUGAAAACUACUGUCCUGUAUCAUAGCGUACAGUAGAACAGCACUUGUAGCCGAUAAUACAUUUACAAUAAACUAACAGGUUAAUGAAUGAUAAAUGUAUAGUUUGGCUGAUUUUAUGGUUUGUAAAAUGUGUUCUACAAUAGUUGUCAAGGAAUCAAUUCAGGUUUACCCCACACUUCAGUAUAUUAUAGAAAAGCUUUUCAGUAUGAUGUGUGAGAGGAUUUCAGUUAUAACAGGUAUUUCAGUAAAACUGGAAGAACUUCCGUUUUUAACUACAAUGCGUCUCUCAUUAUGAGGGGCCAUAAGGGACAUAUUUCAGUAUUACCUAGCAAUGAGGUAGCAUAUGAGAGUUUCACUGUGGUGUGUGAGAGGAUUUCAGUAAAACAGGAAGGCCUCACUAAUGUCUGCCUGCAAGUUGCCUAACUGAAGCAGUAGCGUGAGAGCAUUUCCUUGGUGUGUGAGAGCAGUAGCGUGUGUGUGAGUAGAUAAUUUGCCAGCAGUGUGUGUUUCAGUUUUGCGUGAGAGGUAAAUCCCGAUUUGUUUCUGACGGACCCACAUAUAAAAAUACAAACUGUUUUUAAAAAAAAAUUGUAGACCAUUUUGUUUUGUCACACAGUUUAAACUGAAAUUUAAU